AUGAGGAAGAUCUGGAGCAGGAAGGAUAAGGAGAAGCGUCGGAGUUUCAAUUCCCUCUAUCCUACCACCAGUAACUACGACGAUAGUCUUGGGGGAUCCACCCUUAAUUCAUCCAUUGGCUCUGCCAGUAUGAUAAGUAACGCCAGUGGGGCCACUACGGUGAAUACCGCCAAUACCACCAAUACGGUGACAAACAACGGUACCUCCACCAAUAGCAAUUCUGGCACCACCGCCAAUUCUAGUGCCAUCACUGGCAAUUCUGGGGCCACCAAUGGCAGUUCUGGUGCCAAUUCGGGCCCCAAAUCAGUCACUUCCCUCAUAAAAUACGACUAUGACACAAAGCUCAUCAAGAAUUCAUGGACAAACGUCAUCAUCAACACCUCCGUCAACGAUAUCACCGACAAUUCCCUCAAGCUCAUGAGAGCUGAACUAAAAGGGUCCCAUUUAUACCUUUAUAAGUCCAAUCUUAACAUUAAGAACUUCAAACCGUUGGAACUACGGGACGACGUCAGUUUAUAUGGGACGGGGUCGAUUAAAGAUGAUUUCACUCCCCCUGAAGUAUUUAAACACCCCAAUACUUCCACCACCUCCGUCCAUUCAUCGGUCCAUUCCCCAGUAUCUCAACAUUCAAUCAUUGAAGAUUAUCAUAUAACUUACUACGGACAAUCCCCCCAUCCUGACCUAAAGUUUGAUGCCGAUACCGCCAGUUUCUUACCAGGGAAUACCAUUGAACCAUUGAUUCAUUUCUUUUUGUUCCACCCUGAUACUACCGAUGGCACCACCGAUGGCCCCACUGAUGGCACCACUAACAACCCCCACGUCAACAGAAAGGCCAUCGACCAACUCACUGCCAUGAUCCCCUUAUUCCCUGAUUUGGGCAAAUCCCUUAGACUUAUAAAUUCAUUCAUCGUGGAAGUAUUUGCCGGCAAGAUCUCCGCCCAUCGUCCUACCAUCAUCGACCGAUGCUUAUCGUUACUUACCACCAUCCACGAUCAUUUCCACGGAUUUCUCCUUAAAUCCGACGUGGCUCCCUAUAUUCUCAAACUUUUAGAGACCGCCGAAGAACUAGGUCAAUUUAAGUCCAAGAUGUUGGCCCAACAACAGAACCUUAUGGGUCUAAUCACUCAUGACGUCGAUACCAAUCCAUUCCAAGAUCUUAGUGCCAGUUAUUUCCUUAAUCACGUCAAUAUCAUUGAAUUUGCUUCCACCAUUAGUGCCAUAGAUAUUCAAUUCUUCCGUCAAUGGAAUUCUUCCAUCGAUAAGUCCCUCCUUUUAUAUUCUUCCAUCACCGAGUCCAUCCAUGGGGAUUUCUUCUACAACAAGAACCCGUUGUUCUUCAAUAAUGAGUUCCACAUCCAUUAUUUGGCCCGAUUGUUGGUCAACCAGCUUUUCCUUGAAACCGAUAUCACCAGUUUGAACUGUUCCAGCUCCCUCUUGGAGUUUAAGGCCAGGUUACUUGAAAAAUGGAUCGAUUUAGGGUGUUUGCUCGAUAAGUCCGGGAACAUGUCAUCGUGGCUAGGAAUAGCGUCGAUGGUAUUAUCUCAGCCCAUCCUCCGUUUGAGUAAAAUAUGGACUUUUGUGUCAUCUGAUUACAUAAAGUUACUUAAGAACGAUUGGUCGCCGGUAUUAUUCGAACUCGACCGAAGAUUUCUCGUUAAUGGUGUAAAUUCCAACCCUGCCACCCCUAAUCAAGCCAGUCCUGAUUUGGAUCAUCGGGAUACGUCGUACCAUAUCAUGGCACCUCGUGGUAUGGGGAAGAUUUAUCCUAAAGAGAAGGUGGUACCGUAUUUUGGCGAUUUAAUCGUUAAUAACCUUGGUCCUGGCCCUAAUUCCCAAGGGACCAAUGGUACCACCAACAGUACCACCAAUGGUACCAUGCCUAACAUUAAAGAUUUGGAAUCGACGUAUAAUAAAAUCACCUAUUCGUUCAAACGAUGGAACGAUUACCUCGAAGGGUUAAGUAAUUACAACGAGAUCAUUAAAUACAACGACGACGUAUUAAAACGGUACGAUUCCAUGGGGUUCAUCUUCUCCAAUGAGAGUUUAAACCAAGUACUUUACCUCGGGAAUAACACCGAUGACACAAAAUCCUUACCUCAAGCAUUCGAUGCUACCGAGCUCUCGUUCCCCGUUAACGACAGUUUACGCCACCAGCUUUAUAAACUCAUCGACCUAAAUGAAUCGUUCAAUUUAGAGAAAGUCAUGGAAUUAUCGUUAAAUUUCCAACCAGAGUUACCUGAAGGGUACCUUAAGCCGGUGUUUAAGAACCACAACGCUUCCAACGUAUCGUUGGUAUCGACGGAAUCACACGAGGAGAUGCCUAGGUUACCGGUGUUUAACAACAACCACUUUAAGAUCAAUAUAGGUCAGUAUGAUGAUUUGGUGGACGGUAGGGACGGUAGGGACGGUAGGGACGCCAGGGACGCCAGGGACGGUAGGGACGCCAGAUCUGAUGCUAGACAGGACACCAGAGCAGACACCAGGACCGACACCAGGACCGACGCCAGGACCGACACCAGAGCAGACGAUAAACAUCAUAUUGUCAUUGAUGACGAACUCGUGUUCCGUAUCGAUGACUUUGUCACCGAAUUAGACCACAACACCUCCACCUACAACGCCCUUGAAGAAGUCGACCACGAAGAUGACGAUGAAUACGUCCCUGGCUUAGGUAUCGACGUAGAUGAUAUUCUUAAUUCAGAGAAGUUCAGUAAUUUCCAUCUUCUGGACCUGGCCAGUAAUGGAGGUGCCAGUAAUGGGGCCAGUGGCCAACCAGCUACUAGUGAAGCCACCAGUAAUGGACCACCCACCCUGAAUAGUGGUAUUUUCCCCGUCACCAUUCCUUCCAGGUCCCACCAAAGUUUCAGUAUCGUUUCCAGUGACUCCAGUAAUCUCCAAAUUUACAAGUACAUCCCCAAGUAUGCCACCAUCGAUAAACUAGUGGACCUUCUCCUUAUUGAUUCCAAGUACCUCGACGAUUCCCUCACCAUCGACCUCACGGAGUACAGGUUUGUGUUCCUUCUCAGUUACAAUUCGUUCAUUACCACCAGGCAGUUGUUGGAGAUUCUUGCCCAUCGAUUCAUCAACUCCGGGAAUGCGGUGAUAUCCAUCAUGAAGAGGAUUCAUCAGCGAGGUCAGGGUGAGACGGGUGGUGCCCCUGGCCAGUCACCAGGUCAAUCAUCAGUACCACCCUCAUACCCAGGCCAAGGCAUGGGCCAAGGCCAUGGCAUGGGCCAAGGCAAGGGCCAAGACUUCCAAAGCUUCCCUAACUGGUCCCUCGACUCCACCGUCGCCCUCAACGAUCUCGGCGAAGUCGACUACUCCAUCCUCCUCAAAAUCCAAAUCAAUAUCCUCAAGGUCCUCGUCGUCCUCAUCAAUAACUUCUACAAGAACUUUUCCACCGACCUAACCAACAAGAAAAUCCUCGUCAAGCUCCUUAAGCUUUUCAGUAACGAGAUCCUUCAAUGGUAUAACUCCAACAAGAUCGAUACCUCCCUCGAGAAACUCUUCGAGAGCCUCGUCACCUACUACAAGAAACUUAAGAAGCUUUUCGUCCGCAAGACCUACCGUCCCAUUGAACUUUCCAAAUUUGAUGAGUUCUUAAUCACCGAGUUCAAGUUCAACAAUUCCCUCCACGAAGUCCCCAUCAACAGGAACCUCCCGGGCCAUAAAAAUGUCACCAAGAUCGAGAAAUUCCUCCAUAAAUUCAAUAAACUCCUUACCAUCUUUUAUAAGGGCGUACGGACGGAAGAUUGGUUCGCGGUAUUUAAGGUGUUGGAGGUAGAAUUUGAACGGGGUGGACUUAUGGCGUACCACACCCCGCGAAGUGAUGAUAUUCCUAUCGCCAAUAUCUUUAGUUACCUCGACCUGUUGACCGACGAUAAGGUGUUGGUGAUGAAGAAGUUCCCGUUGGUGUUCAGGAAACUCUUUAAGUUGUACACCAAGUUUAAGACCUACAUCCUCGUCCAGUUGACCGACCUAAACAUCACCGUGGACGAACGUUUAGACAGAAUGAAGACGUUGUUGUAUAUGGUGAAGAUAUGUCAGGUGAAAAUGACGGGAGAUUUUGUGUUUGAUGGUACUACGGCUGACGGGACUACGGGACCGGUACCAUCAUGUAUUGAGACCGCCAUCACUAAUGUCAUUUAUACCCCCGAAUCACGAUUAUUUGCUAAUCUUUGGGUCAAGGCGGCAUCAGCAUGGUCCGAAGGUCCCUAUGAUGACCUCCCGGCAUUACUACCACCAUUACUGCCAUCAGAUUUGGUAUUAAACGAACCUUUACUACCAUGUUUCGGGUGGAUCAUUGAGAACCUCAUGACCCUAAACAAGUGCCCUAACUUUAGUCCCCUUAUUAACUUCAACAAGCGAUACCUUGUGUAUAAGCUCAUCAAGGAAUUGACGGUGGAAGACCCUGAGGACCACCACGACACCAGGGAGUUUGAAUUUCUCCUUAAACUUGACGAGUCCUUGGUCAAUAACCAGAACCUUAAGGAAUUCACUUUCUUGGAGAAGGAUAAGGUGAAAUUAUUUAAGACGGUGUUACGGGACCAGCAGAAGAUUCUCGCCCUAGAAGCCCGUAAACUUCCUGAGGAGCCUCGUGUGGUUAAGAAACCUUCCAACCCCAGCAUUAGACGACAAUCAUUGACGUAUAAGACCAAUUCUUCCUCCCGGUUCAAGAUUAGUGGAUUAUUCAAUAAAUCUCGUCCUGGUGGGUCCAUUGGUAGUAGAGAUUUACCACCACCGUCGACCGAUAAACAGAAACCUUUGGUGACCAUCGCCUUAAAGAAUAAGAAAAUCUUCCCUGUGUACCUCAUGCCAUAUUCGUUCAAAAUCGAUAACGACGUGGGGGGCGAGGAUUAUUUCUUCCAGUGCCAGGACGAAGGAGAUUUAAACGAUUGGUUGAUGAAAUUGAACUACGCUAACCGUCAUUGGUUCUAUUCCAAGACUUUGAACUUCAAAUCCGCCAACCAUACGACGUUUGGUGUGCCUAUCGCCGUGGUAUGUAAUCGUCAAGGAACCAUGGUACCGCGAUUCUUGACGGAGAUUUUCCGCCAGAUCGAGGCCGAUGGUAUUAAGGACGUAGGGGUUUAUAGAAUUAGUACGUCGUUGAGUGAGUUAGGUAACUUGAAGGCCAUGAUUGAUCGUACUGGAGGCAUAGACUUCGUUCUGAGAGGCUACGAUACUCAUGCGUUGACCAGUUGUGUUAAACUGUUCUUGAGAGAAUUACCCGAUGCGUUAUUGACCGAUAAGGUGAUUGAACGGUUGUUUAAAUUGAGGCAGGACAUGGCCAGUGUUGGUGCCGGGGCUACCUCAGGCGUUGGUGUUGGUGCUGGUACCGGUGCUGGUGCUACUGCUGGUGCCCCCACCCUGUCGGUCCAUAUCGCCGAAUUCAAAACCAUCCUUAAAUCGUUACCUCCAGUUAACUAUGAAACUUUCAAGUGUUUAACUGGUCACUUACACAAAGUGGCUCUGUUUAGUGAUGAUAAUAAAAUGACUCCCACUAACAUUGCUACCGUCAUAGGUCCAGCUUUAACUGAAGCCAGUAGUUUGGAACUAUUGAUGAAUAACUUCGGAUUUAUCAAUUUUGUAUUAGAAAAGGUUAUUGUUAAGUUUAAUGAAAUUUUUGAUGUUCAAGAAGAAGGAAGUGGUGAACAAAUUGAUGAACAAAUUGAUGAAGAAACAGAUGAAUUGGAAAGUUUACAAACAGAUGGUGUACAAACAGAUGGUUUACAAACAGAUGAGGUACAAACAGAUGAGGUACAAACACAAAUUUCACAAACACAAAUUUCACAAACACAAAUGUCACAAACAGAUAAUCAAUCACAACAAGAUCAAGACUUACCAAAUGAGAAUUUACCUUCAGAUAACACUCAAAGUGUUUAA